ACAAAGCAAAAAUAAGAAACAUUAUCUCAUCACAGAAGGGAUACUAGAUCUUCAACUAUUUUUUUCGUUGCAGUAAUCAUGCAUCGCUCUUCAAUUGUAAACUUCCCACGCCAAUUUCUCCGUCAAUACCCCUCAAUACAGCCGGCGGUUACCAGUCGUAUUGCCAAACCUUGUGAUGUGUUCAUUAACCAUCGAGGGAUCGACACAAAGCGCACGGUUGUUACUUUGCUUUAUGAUCACCUUUUCCGGUUAAACCUACACCCCUUCUUGGACAACAAGAACAUGAAGCCAGGAGACAAGUUGUUCGAUAAUAUCAACAGUGCAAUAAGGAAAUGUAAGGUUGGGGUGACUGUGUUUUCUCCUCGGUAUUGCGAGUCAUAUUUUUGCCUUCAUGAACUAGCUCUUAUUAUGGAGUCAAAGAAGAAGGUUAUUCCUAUCUUUUGUGACAUCAAGCCCUCACAACUUCGAGUUGUGAACGAUGGGAAAUGUCCCAUGGAGGAUAUCCGGAGGUUUCGCUGGGCACUUGAAGAGGCUAAGUAUACUGUAGGGCUCACGUUCGACUCCUUGAAAGGGAACUGGUCGGAGGUUGUAACAAGUGCGUCGGAUAUUGUCAUUGAAACCUUGGUCUGGCGGUGGGCAGGUCAUGGUGGACGCGGACGGGGUUCGCUUCGAGCUGUUGUUCUGGUCGUUGCUGUUGAGGAGAUGGGAGUGGUCCAGCCGUGUGCGGGGAUGGGGAGGCUUGAGGUGUGCCAGACGGGAGAGGGAGGUGUUGAGGCCAGUCUCUGUCGGGUGGAGCUGGAAAUGACAAUGGGGAAAAUGAUCGGGGGAAGAGAGGCAGAUCCCUUCUGGGGUUAUGGUCGGUUGGCUGAGGGAAGAAUGGUUGAGAAGGGAAGAUCUGUGGAAAUGGGGGUUGUGAGAGGAGAAGGGAGUAAUAUGGUGGCUGUUUUGUAG